CACAAUCCAUGAGGACUUAAGUAGACGUGAGUGUCUGCAAGAGGACUGCUAAGUGAAGUUUGUGAUAAACAGAGUCCAUGAGAAGGUUGCUUGGAGUUUACCAGCAGAUUCAAGAGGACUUGUUUGAGUGCUGCUGAGAUAUCUUGUUAUUGGAAACUUGCACCAUGGCUGGGGUCACUAGGAAGGGAUCUGGGAGACCCUCAUACUACUACAGGUUCCUGGGCAAGUCCCGACUGCAGCGUCAGCGAAGCCGGUCCCGCAGCCGCACCAGGCCGCCUGCCAGCAGGGAGUCACCUCCAGAGAGGACAGGACGCCGACGCAGCAUGCCAGGCAGCUCCUCAGACAAGAACACACCCACGAUGGAGGCUACGUCCACUGCUGCCACACCUUUCAGAGUCACCGUGAGUACUGGCUUCCUAAGUCGACGGCUGAAGGGUUCCAUAAAACGUACAAAGAGUCAACCCAAACUUGACCGCAACUCCAGCUUCAGACACAUCCUCCCUGGCUUCAGGAGCGUCGACAGUGACAGAUCUCAUCUGAUGCCAAGGCUGAAGGAGUCUCGCUCCCAUGAGUCAUUGCUCAGCCCCAGUAGCGCUGUGGAAGCCCUGGACCUAAGUAUGGAGGACGAGGUUGUCAUCAAGCCUGUUCACAGCAGCAUCCUCGGGCAGGACUACUGCUUUGAGGUCACCACCUCCACAGGAAGCAAAUGUUUUUCCUGCCGUUCAUCAGCUGAGAGAGACAAAUGGAUGGAGAAUCUGAGGAGAGCGGUGCAGCCCAACAAGGACAACAGUCGUCGGGUGGAGAACCUGCUAAGGCUGUGGAUCAUCGAGGCCAAGGACCUGCCGGCCAAGAAGAAAUACUUCUGUGAGCUUUGCCUGGAUGACUCACUCUACGCCCGCACCACCUGUAAACUCAAGACUGACAAUGUCUUUUGGGGAGAGCACUUUGAGUUUAACAACCUGCCUGCUGUCAAAAGCAUCACGGCCCACCUCUACAAAGACACGGACAAGAAGAAAAAGAAAGACAAAAACAAUUACAUCGGACUUGUCAACAUCCCCGUGGCAGCGGUUACCGGACGGCAGUUUGUGGAGAAGUGGUAUCCAGUCAGCACGCCCAACCCUCCCAAGGGCAAGACAUCUGGGCCUAUGAUUAGGAUCAAGGCCCGCUAUCAGAGUAUGAACAUCCUUCCCAUGGAGAUGUACAAGGAGUUUGCUGAGUACACCACCAACAACUACAUGCUGCUGUGCUCGGUGCUUGAGCCCGGGAUUAGCGUCAAGAACAAGGAGGAGAUGGCGUGCGCGCUGGUCCACAUUCUACAGAGCACCGGCAAGGCCAAGGACUUCCUCACAGACUUGAUGAUGUCAGAAGUUGAUCGCUGUGGGGAGAACGAGCACCUCAUCUUCAGAGAGAACACGCUAGCAACAAAGGCCAUCGAGGAAUACCUUAAACUGGUGGGACAGAAGUACCUGCAGGACGCUCUCGGUGAAUUCAUCAAAGCUCUGUACGAGUCAGAUGAGAACUGUGAGGUGGAUCCGUCCAAGUGUUCGUCAGGUGACCUGCAAGAACACCAGAGUAACCUGAAGAUGUGCUGUGAGCUGGCCUUUUGCAAAAUCAUCAACUCAUACUGUGUCUUUCCAAGAGAACUGAAAGAAGUCUUUGCGUCAUGGCGACAAGAAUGCAGCAACCGGGGUCGACCGGACAUCAGUGAGCGUUUGAUCAGCGCGUCCUUGUUCCUGCGCUUUCUCUGUCCAGCCAUCAUGUCCCCCUCACUUUUUAAUUUGAUGCAAGAGUAUCCAGAUGACCGCACAGCACGUACGCUCACGCUCAUCGCUAAAGUCACCCAAAACCUGGCAAAUUUCACCAAGUUUGGUAACAAGGAAGAGUACAUGUCAUUCAUGAACCAGUUCCUGGAGCACGAGUGGACCAACAUGCAGCGCUUUUUGCUCGAAAUCUCAAACCCAGAGACAAUCUCCAACACGGCAGGCUUCGAGGGAUACAUCGACCUCGGCAGGGAACUCUCCACCCUGCACUCCCUCCUCUCUGAGGUGGUGUCCCAGAUGGACCAGAGUGCAGCCUCCAAGCUGGGUCCUCUGCCCAGGAUCCUGCGGGAGGUGAAUACAGCUCUGUCGAACCCGUCCUGUAUCCAGAUGACACCCGGGCAGUCCUCGGAGCAGAUGGGCUCGCCUCCCGCUGAGGCAGGCUGCAGCCUCUCCACCGGCCUGCAGAAGAUGGUCAUAGACAAUGACCUUUCAGGAUUAGUUGACUUCACCAGGUUACCCUCCCCUACCCCAGAAAAUAAGGACCUAUUCUUUGUGACAAGGAGCUCAGGGAUCCAGCCUUCCCCUGCACGCAGUUCAAGCUACUCUGAGACCAAUGAACCUGACCUGGGCAUGGCCAAUGGCAGCAAGAGUCUGUCCAUGGUCGACCUCCAGGACCCCCGCAGUCUGGAAGGUGGCCCAGGUCCAAGCUCUUCAGAUGCCCUUGGGGAAGGAUCGACAUCUGGGGGAGGCUGGUCAGCAAGAGUCCCACAGAGCAACAUCCCUGGAGGUCCCACUCUGAGGAGGCCGGGCCAGCCCCCCACCACCAUGGGCACAGAGAGCACCCCAGGUCGACCCGCCCAGCUACUAGCCCCCCUGUCCUUCCAGAACCCAGUCUACCAAAUGGCGGCCUGCCUGCCUGUGUCCCCUCGCGGAAUGACCGACUCGGGCUCCGAGUGCCACAGUUCUGUCAGUUCCCAUAGCAACAACGAAGACGGACCAGCAGGGGGGAAGCAUGCCUUCUUGAACCAUGGUGGAGGAGGCGGAGGUGGUGGGAGCAGCGGGGACGAGUACACCAGGCGUUCAGGGGAGUUCAACCGCAGACAGCUGUCUCUCACAGAAACACAACAUCAGCCCACCGUCCCCAGACAGAACAGUGCCGGCCCACAGCGGAGGAUAGACCAACCUCCGCCUCAGAGCAUUACUCGGGGGCGCACACCCCCAAAUUUGCUCAACAGUGGACCCUACCCCCGGCCCUCCUCUGGCAACAUGAUGACAUCUUCACCCGACUGGCCUGGCAGCGGCGCACGGUUACGACAGCAGUCCUCUUCCUCUAAAGGUGACAGUCCUGAGACCAAGCAGAGGGCUCAGCACAAACAGGCCCCCUCCCCAGUGAACCCCAGUGCGCUGGACCGCACAGCAGCCUGGCUAUUGAAUAUGAAUGUGCAGUAUUUAGACCAUGAGGGGAUGGAGCCCGAGUCACUGAGAAACAGAGAGGAUCUGACUCAGGUGGAGAAGUACCAGCAGGAGAUCGCAGUGCUGCAGGAGAAGCUGCGGGCGUCGGUGCAGAAGCUGGAAGAGUACGAGGCCCGUCUGAAGGGUCAGGACGAACAGGCCCAGAAGGUGUUGAUGGAGUACCAGGCCAGGCUGGAGGAGUCGGAGGAGCGUCUGCGCAGACAGCAGGAUGACAAGGACCUCCAGAUGAAGGGCAUCAUCAGCAGGUUAAUGUCGGUGGAGGAGGAGCUAAAGAAGGAUCACUCAGACAUGCAGGCAGUGGUUGACUCCAAACAGAAGAUCAUCGAUGCACAGGAGAAGCGCAUAGCAUCGUUGGAUGCAGCCAACGCCCGUCUGAUGAGCGCUCUGACCCAGCUGAAGGAGCGCUACAGCAUGCAGACCCGCAACGGCAUCUCCCCCACCAACCCCACCAAACUGCAGAUAACUGAAAACGGAGAGUUCAGGAACAGCAGCAACUGCUAGACAGAUUGCCCCUUGUGAGUGUCGAGUGCCUGCGUGUGUACAGUUAUUCAAAGAGCGGACGUCUACAUGCAUGCAUGGAUGCAUGCCAGUUUGAAAGACGGCGAGGGUUUGUUUUUUAAAAGUGGACAUAGUACUUUUGGAAGAACAUUUAAACUUUUUUUUGGACACCGGUGCAGGAGUGAGGUCAUCGCUCUGAGGGGGCCAAAAGAAGACACAAGAUCACCAAGAGAUCACCAGACGGCCUUCGUUACGAGGGUGACGGCCAGAGGAGGCAGGGCAGAGCCUGUACAUAUGAAACUCAAAACACUUUGCCAGUGGAUGUAUGCGGUCGCUGGGACAAAUCAAGACCCUGCCUACGCCUGGGACAAACCACUAUAUAACCACACACAGUGACGGCCGCCACAUGCGGUCACCCUAGCAACCCUCCUCUCCUCCUCCCUGACGACCAAGUGGACCCACUUCAAAACAAUAACACGCAUUGAGGAUUUAGGUUUCGCGAGAGGAUUACUUUCUAGUGCUUUAUUUUAAACUCAUUGUUUCUAAAGAACCAAAUAGGAGCUCAAAAACAGAUAUUUUUAGUCUAAAAUUAUCUUUAUGUCCCCUUUCACUCUUAGGGUGUGUUCCUGAGCGUCCCGAUGAGCCCUGCUACCCCCCCCAUCCCUAUGUAGUGCACUUUGUGAGAAGCUAUUGGUACAUGAAGCGCCUUAAAUAAGGAACACACCUCCACUUUAUCCCACAGCUUCCCUAUUUCUGCAAAAAAAAUAAAUAAAAAUAAAAAAGGCACAACUUAUACUGUGGAUUUGUAAAGGAUACAAAAUUGUACACACAUAAAUGUAUUAUGAACACUAAAGUAAAUUCUAUGUGAUACUAUAUUGAAAUUUAAUAUAGAUGUAUGCAUUUCUUUUCUUCUAUAGAGUAUACACACAUAUCUAUAUUUGAUAAUCUCAAAUAUAAAAGCAGCCCUUUAUUUAGGAGUGAGUUUUAUUUUUCUUCUCUUACGAUGAAAAGACUGUAGUGUGUAGCUUGCUUUCGAGCCCUGGAGGAGACGACCACACGGAGCAGUGAUCAGCACCAUAGCCUCAGUCGCCCCUUUCAGAAAUAUCUCCAUGAUGCUUAACCCUUUACAUUUUAGAGAAACGUCUGUACAGCUCCGAACGUAGCUUGCACAACUUGCACAGCGAAGUGAUCGGUUCUAACUCCUGGUGCUUUUCAUUGCUCUUAAAGACACGGAUCAGAUUCUUUGUUCGAGUCACGUGUGGUCAUCUUACUCUAGUAGCACAAGAGCUAUUGAGAGACGUGUUUCGGCACACUCGCUCAUACUAUACACUGGACUGGUGAGCCAUUUUAAUAAUGGCCUCCGUAGUUACAUUUUCUCUCUUACUGCUUUGUUUGUCAGUGGUAAUGAAGUAUGCUGCAUCCAAACUGUGACUCUAUUAAUACUAGUGGCAUCAUCUCUCUCCUCUCUGUCUCUUUCUAUCAUCCCUCCUUCCUCUGAAUGUGAAGAUGCUAACUCACAGUUGGUCUUAACACGGGGUUCGGUCCUUCUUAUCUCCCCUCUCAUCACUCCAUACCAUUUCCGUAUUUUGUAUAUUUUAUUUUUCAUUUUUUUCUAACCUUUAUCAGACUGUAGACAUCAAUUGUGAGGCUCUGCAUGCUCCAUCCUCGCUCUAGAGCUAAUGGUAGCGUCACCAUUUGUUUCCUUUUGUUGCCAAUGUCGGCUGAUGAUGACGAUGAUGAAUGCUUUCUGUGGACAUAUACAGUGAAUAUAUGAUAAGCGAGUGCAUCAAGAGGCUGGACAGCCUGGGAACGUGUAAAUAAAAUUGCUCACACUAUUUUUACCUAAUGUUAACAGAGCUUUUUGUAAAUGUAUCUUGUGCUCAAACUCUGCUGUAUCAUUAUGGAUAUUGUAAAUACGAAAUAGCUCAGUCGGUCAUCUGUCCUCAUUGGGUAGAACUAUACAAUUAAAUUAACCUUUCAGUGUUCUCCCUGUUCAAGCUAUUGUUUUUGUAUUUAGAGUGUGAUAUCACUAGCCAAAAAACUGAUUAAGUAGGAGUCUGACUUUUGGGGAAGUCGUGGAGGAUGCCACACGAUCCUGUCUUCGUAUCAGUCGAGCUCUAAGCACUUUUACGUUCGAGUGGUUGGUGUUUUUUAUAACUAGCUUUUUUUGUAUUUAGCAUAGAACCUGAUACAGGUGUUUAAAAACGUGGCAAAACUUCAAAACCGAAGAAAGGGAUUUUUGGUGAAACUCAUUCACAAACUGUUGUAUCACAUUAACAGAAAAAAUGCAUUUUUUUCUAUUUGAUUAGAAAGGAAUGGCCUCCGACUGAAAAAUCCUCUCGUCACAAAAAAAAUCUGAUUUUUGAUUUCUUCCUAAUCAUACCAGGCAUUCAGUCCUAAAAUAAUAUUGUUGACUGGAGAAAUUAAAGCGAGACUAUGUUACUUUCCACAGUAGAAAUGAAUAGUUGGAUUCAUAAGCAAAAAAACAAACACUAUUGCUCAAUUAAAUACACUUAAAAGUUUUACUGCCAGCUUACUUAAUGCUAAUAGUUUUUUUGUUUUGUUUUUUAACAAGUAGCUUUUUGUUGCUAAUGUUUGCUAACAUUAGCAAAUUUUAGGUAGAAUUUUCUGUAAAGGCACUUUACUGAUUUUAUGAUUAGUCUCCUCUUGUGCUUACAAUAGCUUUGUAUUUUAACUAAAUGCCAGACUAUUAUGUAGCAUUUACACCCGCUAAACAGAUGGAAAAGUGAAGCUAACGUUACGGUCUUACUUAGUGGCAGCUAAGGUUAGCCAACUUAAAUGCCUGACACAAUGUAUCAAAAAAAAGUCAACUUUUUACUCUUACUUUUCAUGUUCAGUUGGGUUGUUUGAACUGGCAGGAUUCCAAGGCCUGGAAAUUAGCCUAUUUAACUACCUUUUGCUUUAAAAGCCAAAUUACUUAUCAGUCCGCAGAUGUUAUGACAUCAUCUCCACUAUUGCUACUGUUAGCAUAGCUUAACAUUUUAGCUUAAUGCAACCGUUUACCUAAAUGGUAAACUGAUUAGCAUUUACAUUAGUGAAACGUGUGAUUGUAAUGCUAAUGUUAGCCUGAUUUGGCCUCACUUGGCCUGUCAUAACAAGUAGCUUUUAGUGGAUACAGUGCUAAUGUCAGCACAUUUUCAACACAUUUUACCAGAGGAAAUGUAGUAAAAUGUUACAAAGCAAGUCACUGCUUCAGUUCACCGACUUUAUGACCCUUGUAAGAUUUCACCUGAAUGCUAAACAAUUGUUUUGUAAACUCUGGCUCAGCAUUUAUAAAAAAGUAUAAGAAACAGUAUACUAAACAGUACUUUAGCAUUCAGCAGUGGUGGUUGGUCAGCAAAAGUGACUUAGUCUCGCUUUUAACUACAGUGUUCAACAAUAAAUGUUACAUAAUAAAAGGCUGUCGUGUACAUAUCAGUACAUCUUCAACAAGUAUAGUAGAAGACGCACCGUAAUGUUGGUUUCUAAUUUGACUUUUCAGUUCUUAGUUCAUUUUCCCAAUCCAUGUUCCAACCUCAGUUCUUAUUUUUUGUACCUUGAGCUCACUCUUCACACAGUUCAGUCAGUCCGACAAAAGAUCAAUCAAAAAUAUAAAGCUAUAAAUAAAGUGAAAGAUGUUGUAUGUUUUCUAUCUUAUCUUGUAGAAAAUACUUUUGUAAGUAUGUUGAAAGUAUAAAGUAUUUGCUGGAUUCUGCUUCCUUUGACGACAGUGACAAAACAAUAAUGUACAGAGGAAUUUGUGUUGACAAAAUGUGGCUGUGCAAUUUAUGUACAUUUGCAACUAGACCUAUUAAAGUUUUAUUUAGCUAUUUUAAAAAUCCCGUCA